AUGAUCCCGCACCAGGGGCGGGCAACGGAUACCAUCAACUUCCGCAACGUGAAGGAAAGUGGUAGCGUGGAUAUUGGCGGCACAAAUAAAGUUAAGGGUGUGCCGAUGGAUUCUGGACUUACUACGCCUUCGGGUGAAGUGAUUGCGGAUCCCUUUGAGGACUUUAGUAGCGUUACGCUGCAUCAUGAUGGGGAGGAUCAGGGGCAGCAUAUGAUUGAUGAUCGGGUUUUGCCGGCGGGAAGUGGGGGAAGGAAUUGA